AUGACAGAAAGAAAGGUCUUUAAAAUAGCACCACAACACGGUGGUGGUAGCGUGGAUAGGUUAAGUGAACUCUCUGAGGGUAUUCUUCUUCACAUCCUCUCACGAUUGGAUACGAAAGAAGCCGCAGUCACAUCAAUUUUGUCCACUGCAUGGAGAAACCUUUUUCUUUCGGUUCCCGAAAUUCGCCUUUGUUUCUCCAGAAUGGAUGCUUUUGAACGCGGUGGACUCUUUCCUCUUUUCACACGUUUCGCCAAUCGAGUUCUUCAAGAGCGAAAUGAUGCACCCAUUAAAGGUAUUCGGCUUAACGUGGAGUUCUUCAAUGAAAGGUUUCGACCCAGUUUGGAAUCGUUGUUCUCCACAGUGGCUCAUUCACUUUCCACUCACAAAGUUCAAGUUGUGUGUAUUAUUGUUGAUAUUGAUAGCCUAAAUGAGUUUGAUGAGUUUGAGCCAUGCACUUUUAUUAAGGUGCCACGUGGAAUGUUCUCGUCUGAGACCCUAGUUCAUUUGCAUUUACACGUUCGUGUGGCUUGGGAUGUUCCAAAAUUUGUUUGGUUGCCGAAUCUCAAGUUUCUUCACUUGAUUUCGUUAAGAUUGGUGGACCAAGAUUCUGUUCCGAGGCUUCUACAAGGUUGUCCUUUGCUUGAAAAUCUGAUACUAGUUUUGCGGUCUUUGGAUGAGUUCGAGAAUGGAGAAGAAGCCGUACAAGUCGAUUCUCUUAGCAUCUUCAGUCCCUCCCUGAAGUGGUUGAUGUUUGUGUGGCAAGAUAGAGUUGAAUCAAACUUCAGUGUUUUUGUGACAUCGGAAAAUCUUGAGAGUUUCUCUUGCGAACUCGAAGGGCCGUACAAGGUUACAUUAGAUGCGCCAAAGCUCAAGUCUUUGAACCUUUAUGGGGAGGUGUUUGAAUUUAACAUGACUCAAAAACUGGUCUCUAUUGUUGAGGCUCUCUAUCUUUAUCCAUCGGUGCCAACUCUCACGAACUUGAUCAAGCUAGAGCUUAAACCUGACUAUACCCUUCAGUUUGACGGUGGGGUGAUCUCGCGGGUGCUAUUGAACUUGUUUGAAUGUUCUCCAAACCUUGAAGUCCUUAUCUUCAAUACGGUGUCCGAUGUUUACUUUGGCGACGGUGACUAUUUUGAUUCUGUUUUGUCACGGGCUCUUCCACUGUCAUUUGUUGAGCAUCUUAAGGUAAUAGAACUGAACAAAUUUAGGUAUGGAGAACUUGAAUUCAAGCUGGUGGAAUAUUUUUUGAAGAAUGGAAAAUCUCUGGAAAAGAUUGCUAUUGGUGUAAAUGAUUGGGAGUUUGUACCGAAACAUCGCAACAAGAUACUCUCCUUCGAGAAGUGCUCAGAGGAUUGUCAGAUUGUAUUCAGAUAG